GAAGAAGCGUCUGAAGACAUGGAGGCGGCAACGGGAGAAAUCAUAAUAAAUAUAAUAUCGAAAACGACAUAAAAAAAUAAUUAAACUCAGUCCUGAACCCGACUUUAGCCGAAGGAUUAUUCCUGGGAGAUAUUUGUCACUUGGGAUAAUCGGAAUGGCUCACUGGAGCAGAUUUGAGAAGGAGCUGGAUCUGGAGACUAGGAGACUGAUCUCACAUUUAUCUGGCAUUCAAGAUGAGGAGGAUCAGAACUUUCAAAUGGCACUCAAGUUUACCUGGUCCAAUUUCAAGUUUCACCGUUUUCUUGAUGUCAACGGGCACAAUGUUCAGCGAUCCAUAAAUGGGAUUCAUGAGAAACUCAUGGUCCAUUCUGACUUGAGUAAAGCAGAGAGCUGGAAGCGGCUAACUGAGGAAUUCCUCAAUUCUCCUCUUCCUAAUACUGAUGGAAUCAAGACUGAUGUUCACUACAGUAUGGUGGCUUUACUACUCCACCUGUCUGACUCUCCAUCCAACACUAACUUCUGUGAAAGACCCAGACUGAAAGAAACGGAGAAAGAGGACACGUUUGAUUGGGCAAAGUACCUCAUGGAAGGAGAAGAUAUUGAUACUGGACCCUUUCCAGACACUCCAGAGUGGUCUGAGGAUGAAAGUGAAGAGGAAGAUAGCCAACAGCCCUUGAGCAGAGAGGAUUCUGGUAUACAGGUGGACAAGACUCCACAGGAGGACCACGAGCAGAAUGACAAGACCGUCCAAGUCACCUGGACUAUGGGUGAGCCUGACUCCAGGGCUUGGUUGGAGCAGCAUAUUGUCACCUCAUAUUGGGUUCCUAACUCUCCCCGGUUUCCACACAGCCUCCACCUGCAUUCCAACCUCUAUAAUGUUUGGGAUCAGCACCUGUAUAACACUGGGCCUCUCUACCUGCCAGAGGAGAAGUCUUUUGUUACAGAGACUCAAGUGAUUCGGGAAACUCUGUGGCUUCUCUCUGGGGUUAAGAAGCUUUUCAUUUUCCAGCACAAUGAUGGCAAGGUUACUGUAAGGAAUGAUGUCGUGGUCACACAUCUAACUAAUAACUGUCUUCAGUCAGUACUGGAGCACAUAGCAGCUUAUGGGCAGGCUGUUUCCCGACUGCAGAGGUUUAUUGAUGAAGUAACUGGCCACAGUGCAGAGCCCUGUCCUCCAGGACACAACCCUUCCGCUUCCUCCAAGAAGAGCUCUGAGCCUCCCUUCAGGACUUACCAAGCAUUUGUGUGGGCCCUGUAUAAAUAUUUUACCACCUUUAAAGAAGAGCUCAAUACAAUAGAGAGAGACAUUAUUGGCAAAGGCUCCAGUGAGGACCAGACCACUCCUAUGCUGGUGACUGCCCUGAAGGGGCUUAAGGUGAUAGAUGUAGCCUGUGGCAGCGGAGAUGCUCAGACCCUUGCUGUGACUGAGAAUGGUCAAGUGUGGUCGUGGGGUGAUGGUGACUAUGGUAAGCUCGGCCGCGGAGGCAGCGACGGCUGUAAGACGCCAAAACUCGUGGAAAAGCUACAAGAUUUGGAUAUUGUUAAAGUGUGCUGCGGGAGCCAGUUCUCUGUAGCACUUAAUAAAGAUGGACAGGUGUACACCUGGGGCAAAGGAGACAACCAAAGACUCGGCCAUGGCACUGAUGAACAUGUUCGCUAUCCCAAACUGCUAGACAGUCUACAAGGUAAGAGUGUGGUGGACAUAGCUGUGGGAUCUACACACUGCCUGGCCCUCACAGAGGAAGGGGAGGUGCACAGCUGGGGCAGCAAUGAUAAAUUACAGCACUUUGACACACUCUUCUCCAAUAAGAAGCAGCCUAAAGCUCUGCCAGGCCUCAACUCCAAACACAUAGUGGGCAUCUCCUGCGGCCCAGGCCAGAGUUUUUCAUGGUCCUCAUGCUCUGAGUGGUCCGUGGGGCUCCGUGUACCAUUCGUGGUGGAUGUGUGCACUAUGACCUUUGAGCAGCUAGACCAGCUCCUGCGGCAGGUCUGCGAGGGCAUGGACGGAAGCUCCGAUUGGCCACCACAGCAGGAAAAAGAAUGCAUGGUUGUGGCUGCACUCAACCUGCUCAGACUACAGCUUCAUGCAGCCAUCAGUAACCAGGUUGACCCUGAGGAGCUGGGUCUGGGCUUGGGCAGUGGACUGCUGAAUAACCUCAAACAGACGGUGGUGACACUGGCCAGUAACGCCGGUGUGCUGAACACUGUGCAAGCAGCUGCCCAGGCCGUGCUCCAGAGUGGCUGGUCAGUGAUACUGCCCACUGCAGAGGAGCGAGCCAGAGCACUGUCCUCACUGCUGCCCAAUGCUGUGUCCGGUAAUGAGAUGAGUAUAAGUCCUGGCCGUCGCUUUAUGAUCGACCUCUUGGUUAGCAGUCUGAUGGCGGAUGGAGGGCUGGAGUCCGCUUUGAACGCUGCCAUCACGGCUGAGAUCCAGGACAUUGAGGCAAAGAAGGAGGCGCAAAAGGAGAAGGAGAUUGAUGAGCAGGAAGCUAGUGCCUCCACUCUACAUCGCUGUCGUACCACCCUGGACAAAGACCUGAUCAACACAGGCAUUUAUGAGUCUGCCAACAAACAGAGCCUCCCAUUGGUCCAGCUGGUGCAACAGCUGCUCAGGAACAUUGCCUCGCAGACCAUAGCGCGUCUUAAAGAUGUGGCGCGGCGCAUUUCAAACUCCCAAGACACAGAGCAGGUCAGUAAGGAGCGCUCAGCCUCUCUGGACCUGCUACUUCGCUUUCAGAGGCUGUUGGUCUGCAAGCUCUAUGUGGGUGUGAAUGGCACUGUGGGCGUGGGAGGAUACACUCUAAGUCACUCUGAGAUUUUGGGAGUGGGGUCCCUGUUGAAGAAGUAUAUGGCUUUGCUGUGCACACACAUUGGGGAUAUCCUUCCUGUGGCCACCAGCAUCGCCAUCAACAGCCACCGUCACUUUGCAGAGGUGGCGCGUGUUAUUGAAGGAGACCUCACAGGUGUAUUGCUACCAGAGUUGAUUGUGUCCAUCGUGCUGCUAUUGACCCAUGAUGCUGGUCUGAUGCAGGAGACUGGAUCCAUUCCUCUCCUUGCGGCUCUCCUAGAGCACCUGGACCGUUUCAACCAUCUAGCUCCUGGUUCAGAGAGAGACGACAAUGAAGAUCUUGCCUGGCCGGGACUCAUGAGUUCCUUUUUCAAUGGGCCGAGCACUAAGAACAAUGAAGAAGUAUCGCUUAUCCGCAAAGCUGACCUGGAGAACCAUAACAAAGAUGGCGGUUUCUGGACUGUCAUUGAUGGGAAGGUCUAUGACAUUAAAGACUUCCAGGCUCAGACACUAACUGGGAACAGCAUCCUUGCCCAGUUUGCAGGUGAAGACCCAGUAGUAGCUCUUGAAGCUGCUCUCCAGUUUGAAGACACCAGAGAGUCCAUGCAAUCUUUCUGUGUAGGCCAGUACAUCGAGCCCAACCAGGAGAUGGUGACUACGCCUGACCUGAGCAGCCUGUCUUCCCCUCUGAUUGAUGCUGAGAGGAACCUGGGACUGCUACUGGGGUUACAUGCCUCAUACCUGGCUAUGAGCACCCCUCUGUCCCGCAUAGAGAUAGAAUGUGCCAAAUGGCUCCAGUCAUCCAUCUUCUUCGGUGGUCUGCAGACAAGUCAGAUCCACUAUAAUUAUAACGAGGAGAAGGAUGAGGACCAAUGCAGCUCUCCAGGGACCACAACACCAGACAAAUCCAAACUGUACUCCAGAAGAAUCACCCUCAGCGAUCAUGCUCAGCCCUUCCUGCAGGCCAUCGCUGACAACAACACCCAGGAUCACACUGUGAAGGACUUUUUAUGCCAAAUCGAGCGGUGCUGUAAACAGUAUCAUCUCAUCACUCCCAUCACUUUUCCGCCAGAACACCCUGUAGAGGAAGUGGGCCGCCUGCUGCUCUGCUGCCUUCUCAAGCACCAGGACCUUGGUCCUGUUGCCCUCACACUUGUUGAUCAAUUUGCCUUGGUUGUGGACCAGGGGAAACAGAGGUCCCUCCCAAAAUCUGUUAUUGAUGUGUGUCGAAUGGUGUACCAGGCCAAGUGUUCUUUGAUAAAAACGCAUCAGGAACAGGGCCGCUCUUAUAAGGAGGUGUGUGCCCCAGUCAUCGAGAGGCUGCGUUUCUUGUUUAAUGAGCUCAGGCCUGCUCAUUACCAGAAAAGUCUGUUUGACGAGGAGGGGGGGCUUGGCCGGCUCCGAUUCAGCUGA